AUGAACUAUCUCACAACGAACUUUGGCGAGGAUCAAAAUCUCAACUUCACAGCACCUUUCCCCCUGUUGGAUUUACCUUUAGAGAUUUUAUAUAAAAUCAUUAUAUUUCUGGAUUUCCCAGAUUUAAUCAAUUUAUCUAAAACUUGUCUUUAUUUGGAAAGAGUGGCUAAUGAUAGAUUCAUCUAUAGUUCAAGAUUUUAUCAAACAAAGAAUAGAAUUGGAAUUUCUAUACAAAAUAGACCAAGUAUAAAUGAAUUAUAUUCACAUCAUAUCAUGCCUGUUAAAUCCACUGCAAUGUUUAAUCCAAAUCAAUUAUAUCUUGUUUCAAUGUUAACUAAAUCUAUUGUUAAAGAUAAUUUAAAGAAAAAUUUACAGAAAAGACCAAGUUUUAAUGAAUUAAAAGAAAAAAACAUCUUAAAAUCAAAUACAAAUGAAUUAAUUCAAUCGAAAAUUAAAGAAUUCAAAAAACAAAAUCUUUCAAAUGUUUUAUCAGUUUAUGUUAAUUCUUAUAAAUUUCAACAAAAACAAUCAACAACUGAAGAAGAAUAUAAAUCUUUACUUCAAAAAUUUUAUAGUUCUUUAAGAAGUAUAAAUCCAACAAGUCAAACUUCAAAAACAACAAUAUCAAGAUCUACUGACUCAUCAUCAAAUUCAAAUUCAAACCCAAAUGGAACAACUGCAACUAAAUUUCUUAAUCAUAUUGAACAAAAAAAUCAACAAUCAAAAAAUCGUUCAGUUUCUCAAGAUUCAAAAAUUUAUUCAAAAAAACAAUAUUUUGAAAAUUUAGUAAAUUCUUCACAAAAAUCACCAAUUAUUGAAAGACCAAAAGAAGAAAGAAAACCUUCAAGAACUUUAUUAAAUGCUAAAGUUGAUCAUACAAAGAUUAAUUAUGAAAAAGUGUUUUAA